AUGGAGAAGGGUAGACAGAGAGUUGAGAGAAUGAGUUACGGCAUGGAAGAAGUGAAGAAGGGUUGGUACUUAGUAGGGUUAGGGGUUGUCAAUAACGGGCACGCAAGUUGCAAAGUUUUUCUGGAUGCAGCGAGUUCCGAAACUAUGUACCAACAUGUGACGAUGCGUGUUAUACCGUUAGUGUCCUUUUUAUUUUACCUUGACCGGCCGGAGAGGAGGUUCAUCGAUCGCUGCGUUGAAGCAGGAAAUGCGGAUGCUAUACUCCGACAGGGGUUGACGGAGUAUUUCUGGAUUAUCCGCCGUGACAUUGGGAUGGAACUGCUUUCUAGGGCCUGGACGGAGGGCAGCGUCGAAGCAGGUUACCUGUCUCUGCCAUGUUGCUACUGUGUGAUCACGAGAAUGAAGAAGAAAUGCAAAGGGGUAUUGAAAUGUUAG